AAAGAAAGAAAUAAAAAACACAAAAGAGUGUUCCAAGUUUAACUGGCUGAAUUGUGCUGACUGCUGCGGCCAGCAGGGGCGCGCUGGGAGGCAGAGACAGAAAAGCUUACAGCACCUGGUAUUCCCAAGCAAAUUCCCCUCCAAGUACCUAAGCGAUCGUCAGCCAUCCAAUGGUUGAGCAGAGCUGAGCAGCAAUCAGCCAAUGGUUGAGCAAUGCUGAGCAAAGCUCACGCUCAACAGACCAAUCAUUGAGCGAGGAUCGGAAUACGUCAUCUAGCUGUGUGAGCUGUUAUACAAAAAUACUGGUGGCCAUUGAUGAACGAUUGGACUGUUUUCUUUACUCUCAGAUGAGUCAUGGAGAAGUUUAAACAUCGGUGCAGCGUGUGCGACAAGACUUUCACUGAAAAGUCCAACCUGACGAGGCAUCUGAAGAUCCAUGCUAUAAGUAUAAGAAUGUCAGGGGAGAGAUGGCCGAGAGGAAGCUCUUUAAGGAGAAGAUGGAGUUCCACCCGCCCCCACCUCCUAUGGCCGUCAAGGGAGCUGUGCCCAACAUGCUCUCCUUCUUCACCACCCCUGCCUUCUUCUGGCGCCCGGUCGGCGUGAUGAAGGCAUUGAUCCGCUGCCCCAACACCAACUGCCCCGCACCGCCAGAGUACUACCUGGAGAAGAGAGGGUACGGCAGCUACGCCAGGCAAGUGUACGGCUUGAACUUCCUUUACACCCUGCUGACCGAGAGGUUGAUGUGCAAACACUGUCUCAAGCUGAGGGAGGAGCCGAGCCAGACGCAGGCGGACGACGAGGAGGACGGCGCCCACCGUGCCCAGCUGCAGUACACCUGGCAGGCGUACAGUCCGAAAAUUCUGAUGAACCUUGCCCCGGCCGUCAGAAGCAUGUUCCCUGCCAUAGUGCAGAGGCUGCUGCAGCAGGGCCACGACGAGUGGUACGUGGAGCGUCGGGACUUGUACCAGACUCUCCUGUACGAUGCCCACACGUCGGCGGCUGGAUCGUCUCAGCAAGGCAUCCUGUCGUUUGCCAGAGCAGCCGGCACUUACACCCUUCCCAUCGCCCCGUCUCCCCUUCCGUCUGCUCGGGUCCUGAGGCGUGCGCACCUGAUCCUGGAGAUGGAGAAGAUGCCCGUGUACAGGGACCAAAUCCUCAGUACGACUGGGGAAAUCUUGUGCAUCGACGGCACAAGGAAGAUUCUCAAGAAGAUCUACGGCGACGGCCAGGGCACCAUGCAGUACGUCACCAGCGUGCUGAAUGAGUGGGGUCAGUUCUUGACCACAGUGGUGGUGGCGUCCGAGUCCGAGGGCUGCUACGCACGCAUGGCCAGAGGUCUGGUCGCCCGCUUUCGCCGUGCCAACGCUCCUGCUCCAAAGGUGGUGUACGCGGACAACAAUUUGCAGUUGAAGAAGAGCAGUCGCGUGAGGAAGAGGAGGAGUCGGCUGAGCAGGGAGACGACGAGACUGCGGACGAGGGUCUCGGCAUGUCUUCUGAUACAGAGGAGGACCCGAUAGACAGAGUCUGUGGGAAGCACGUCGUCCUCACCCA